AAGCCUUAUUAUUCUCUUGCAUCUUCACUUUAAUAACCUCGAAGAAAUAAUAAAGAGGGGAACCAAAGCCAUAGACAAUUGGUCUUUCUUUUCUCUGUUCUUUAAUCCGACCAUCGAUGGAGAGAUACGACAUCUUAAGAGAUCUUGGCUCCGGUAACUUUGGUGUUGCAAAGCUUGUCAGAGAGAAAGCCAACGGAAAGUUUUACGCCGUCAAAUACAUCGAAAGAGGCCUUAAGAUUGAUGAACAUGUACAGAGAGAGAUCACAAAUCAUCGAGACUUGAAGCAUCCCAAUAUCAUCAGAUUUAAAGAGGUUUUUGUAACACCAACACAUCUUGCCAUAGUAAUGGAGUAUGCAGCAGGUGGUGAACUUUUUGAAAGAAUUUGCAGUGCCGGUAGAUUCAGCGAAGACGAAGCAAGGUAUUAUUUCAAACAACUUAUCUCGGGAGUUAGCUAUUGUCACGCCAUGCAAAUAUGUCACAGAGACCUUAAGCUCGAGAAUACACUCUUAGAUGGGAGCCCAUCGUCGCAGCUCAAAAUAUGCGAUUUUGGAUAUUCAAAGUCAUCAGUUUUACAUUCUCAGCCAAAAUCCACCGUGGGAACUCCGGCUUAUGUUGCUCCGGAGGUCUUGUCCCGAAAAGAAUAUAACGGGAAGAUUGCAGAUGUGUGGUCGUGUGGGGUGACAUUGUAUGUAAUGUUAGUUGGUGCUUAUCCCUUUGAAGAUCCAGAAGAUCCAAAAAACAUUAGAAAAACCAUUCAGAGGAUAUUAAGUGUACAUUACACCAUACCGGACUACGUCAGGAUUUCCUCCGAAUGCAAGAAUCUCUUGUCUCGUAUCUUCGUCGCUGACCCUGAUAAGAGAAUAACUGUACCGGAAAUCGAAAAGCACACGUGGUUCUUGAAGGAUCCUCUGCCGGAGAUUUCAGAGACAGGAGUGGAAGGAGAAGAAGGAGAAGAGGAAGAGAAGUGUCGACAGAGUGUUGAGGAGAUAGUGAAGAUAAUAGAAGAAGCGAGAAAGGGAGUGAAUGGUAAGAAUGAUAAUGGUGGAUUAGGCUUAAUAGAUGGGAGCAUGGAUCUUGAUGAUAUUGAUGAUGCUGAUAUUUAUGAUGAUGUUGAUGAUGAUGAUGAUGAGAGAAAUGGUGAUUUUGUAUGUGCUCUAUGAUUUCAUAUCCAUAUAUACAUGCCUGCAUGUGUGUUGUAUUUCAUUCAUGUACAUUUUUACGUAUGUAGCUUGAGAUUAUUUCGUAUCGCAUAUAUAUUUGUAUAAU